GAAGAACUGAAAGUGUCCCGGUCGCUUCAAAGCCACUUCUUCUUUUGCUGUUCAUUUUUGGCACGAUUGUAUAGAUCCAGCCGGGAGGCCUCUUUUGCACGCACACUCUCUGUCUCCCUGAAACAUUCCUCCUACAUACAAGAAAGGCGAGCUUACUUGCCUACCUAAGCCCCUCCAUCCUUGCUUCGUUGACCCCCCCCCCCCCCCCAAAACAUCUAAUCGAUAGCGGCAUCAUCCGCACCCGCCGAGUACACCUGUCUUCCAUCAACCACGAGAGAAGCCUAUUUUCCUCUUCUUUUUCUCUUUUAGCCCCUGAGAAAGCGUUUUGUUUUGCUGCGACAAUGGCCGACUUUGAGGCACCACCGGGACCUCCCCCGCCCAAGGUGCCCGAGGGUUGGGUGGCCCGGUUCAACGAGCAGUAUAAGGAAUGGUAAGCCCAUGCCGCCACCGAGAUCCCCCGACUCCCAUACCGACCCGACUGACUCUUUGGAUCGCCAGGUUCUACGUAAAUACGUACACCAAGAAAUCCCAGUGGGAAAAGCCCACCGAACCCGCCCGUCCGCCGGAGGACGACCUGGCCCCGCCCGGCCCUCCGCCUUCGUACACCCCGGGCAGCGGCUCCACGCCGGCGCCGUCCGACACCAAGGUGAACCCCUACGAGGCCGACAACCGCAGCAGCAACAACCCGUACCUCAACACCGGCGCCGCCGCGUCCUACACCGGCAGCACCGGCAGCGGCCCCACGCCGGGCCCCUCGCAGAGCAGCAUCGAGGCCGAGGACGAGCGGCUGGCGCGCCAGCUCCAGGCCGAGGAAGACGCGCGCGCGCGCGCCGCGGCGAACGCGCAGGGCCCCUUCCCGAACCAGCUGCCGCCGCGGCCGGGCGACGAGCCGACGCAGUCGCGCGGGCUGCUGGGCAAGCUCUUCAAGAGCGGCAAGAAGAUCGUGAGCAGCAGCAGCCACGGCGGGCACCCCCACGGCGCCGGCCCCGGCGCCGGCGGCUUCGCGCCCCACGCCCCGUCGCCGCAGCCGGGUUACGGCGCCUAUGCCUCUCCUCCUCCCCCACACGGAGCCUUCGGCGCCUACCCCCCGCAACCCGGCUACGGCGCCGCCGCCGCCGGCUAUCCACCGCAGCCAGGUUACGGCGGGUAUCCCCCGCCCGGAGGCUACGGCGGGUACCCGCCUCAUGGGGGUUACGGCGCGCCGCCCAAGCGGUCGGGCGGCGGCGGCAUGGGCAUGGUGGGCGGCGCCGCGCUGGGCGUGGGCGCCGGCCUGCUGGGCGGAGCGCUGAUCGCCGACGCGAUCCACGACGGGCAGGAGGAUGCCUACCAGGAAGGAUUCCGUGAGUAUACCCCCCCCCCCCUCGCUGCUUUGAUUGCUUUCGACGAGAAUCUGGGUGAGUGGGCUAACCAUUGGAAACAACAGAGGAUGGUGCCGAUUUCGAUGGCGGCGGCGACUUUUAAGGCUUUGUUUGUUAGUAUGGGCAGAGUUGAAGGUUAGCGUCUGCACCGACGGCGUGGGGCGUGAUGGUGCCGGGAAACUCGUUGGCGGCGACAUCCUCUUUAUUCUCGAGUUGUUGCAGUAAGGCUGGUGUUUUCUGUACUACGAACUUGGGUUGGCCUGGCUUUGUGAAUCCGGCUACAUGGCGGCGUAGCAUUCUUCUUCACUUUCAACUCCUCUAUUGCUGGCUUGCAAUGGACGCUCAUGAUUAGCCAUAACAUCUAUGACAGCGACAAGCACUUCUAGUCUAAGCUUACUGCUGAGCAAAUCUCACCUGUAAAGUCGAUUGAAUAUCAGAGCCGGUAAAAAA